UGUCAUCCACGUGGUCUCGCUACUUCCUGCUUCCGGUCACGUGGUCGCGUGGUAGUCAAGAUGGCGGCCGCCAAGAGGAAACGUGGAGGAGCAGGAGAGGGUCCGAAAAAGAAAGUUAAGUUUGUGGAAAAUGGAGAAAAGGAGAAAAACGACACGACGGAACAGAAGACGAGUGAAGAGAUCACGAUUCCUCGUCCGGUCUCUCAGGGCAAAUGGAAAAACAAGGAACGGGUUUUAGUUUUCUCGUCCCGAGGCAUCAACUUCAGAACGCGGCACCUGAUGCAGGAUCUCAGGACCAUGAUGCCUCACGCCAAAGCAGACACUAAAAUGGACAGGAAAGAUAAGCUGUUUGUGGUGAACGAGGUUUGUGAAAUCAAAAACUGCAACAAGUGCAUAUUCUUCGAAGCGAAGAAGAAGAAGGAUCUGUACAUGUGGAUCUCGAACGUUCCUCACGGACCUUCAGCGAAGUUCCUGGUUCAAAACCUGCACACGCUCGCUGAGCUGAAAAUGACCGGGAAUUGCCUGAAGGGCUCCAGACCGCUUCUCUCAUUCGAUCCCCAAUUCGAUAAGGAGCCUCAUUACGCCCUCCUGAAGGAGCUCUUCAUUCAGACCUUCUCCACGCCGCAGUAUCAUCCCAGGAGCCAGCCGUUUGUAGACCACGUCUUCACUUUCACCAUCGCAGACAACCGAAUCUGGUUCAGAAAUUUUCAGAUUAUCGAGGAGGACGCGUCUCUGGUGGAAAUCGGACCUCGUUUCGUCCUUAAUUUGAUAAAAGUUUUCCAGGGCAGCUUCGGGGGGCCGACUCUUUACGAAAACCCUCAUUUCCAGUCUCCCAAUGCGUAUCGGCGCAUGGUGCGGCUCAACAUGUCGGCUAAACAGAAAGAGAGACAGAUGGUGAAGCAGAUCCGUCUGGAAAAGAGGAACGAGACGAAGGAGGUUGGGACCAAAACAGACGUAACGGACGCCGUUUUCGACACGCCGGCGGAGGAAAAACCCGUACAGGUGGAGCACGAGGCUCCUGAACCGGCGCUCAGCAAGAAGAAGAAGAAGCUGACUGAGCUGAAGAAGAGGAAGCUCCUGAAACGCAAAGGCCUCUGAUGAGACACCUGCAGCCUGUCACUCAUUUCUUUCUCGUUUAUUUUUGUUUUUAUUAUUCAGCUCUGAAAUCUCGUUUUUUCUGGACGAGAUGAAUGAAUUACUUGUGUGUGUAAAAGUGUUAUUCUGAAGAUCACCACCUUUUAUAGGUCUGAAUACAACCUGCGCUGUUCAUUGUACAUGUGUUUGUUACAUUAAACAGGUAUAAACGCCUGGA